GGAAGGUACUUUGCGCUUGCCAGUUAUAGGCUGUAGUCCUUCUGCACCGAGCAACUCUGGUCCAAGUAGAUCAAUGGGAGUUUGAUGUCUUUGUUGCGGUUGCAGACGUGUCAGUGCACUCGUAGAUCCAGACAGCUUCUCAUCUCCAGCUGGGCUCUUCUUUACUGGCGGACCAGGAAACGGCGCAUAGUAGCCUGUGUGUUAGGGAUGCUCUUUUCUUUCUGUAUAGACAUACAUUCGCGACCUCGCCUGACGCAGCGCGAGCAGGCUGGCUUCUCCAUAUCGCAGAUGACUCGGCGCUCCUUGCACUGGUCGCAGUACGGCUUUCGCGGCGCGCGCUUCUUGGGCGGCAUGAUGUUAUAGUCGUCUUAUACAACGAGUCAGGGAUGCUUGUCGCGCUUUAGAGCUGAGUGUUCAGCCCUGAUACCUUCCCGUAGAUGAAGAUGAUUCGAAGCUUGAUGCAAGCAGAUCCAGCCGAGGACAAGGAGCGGGAGCUGAUGUCGGUUGUGGAGGGCUUUG